UCUCAAGUCUCAAUCCUUUGAUCUUCUCUCAGUUUUUUUCUCUCUCUCUUUCAGUAUUCUAAUAAUAGUAGCAACUUGAUUCUGCUAGUUUUGGUAAAAAGGAAUAGUGUUUAGAUACGAAUCAAACCCUAUUUAUUGGAUGAUUAAAAUGCUAAGCAAACCAGAUUAAGCACUGUGAACACCACAAAGUAUGCUCUUUCUCGUGCUAUAUGAUUUUUGAAGUCAGAUAUGGUGAGAGAUUCUGGUGGUUGUGGUGGUGUUCUUCAUCUAUGGAUAAGCUUUGAGUUACAAAGGGAUUAAAACAAGUUUUGGCUAAAGAAGAAAUGUGCAAGUGCUAUGUCAGAGUAGAGGGAAGGUUUCUACAGAAUCUUAGGUGUUAUUUGAUGCUGCUUCUGUUCUAUCUUGUUCACGGAGGCUGGUCUUGACACGCUUUCAACGAGAAGUUCACUAUUAAUAACAAUGUGUUUCAAUAAGAACGAUAUGGCAAAUGAAGUGGUAACUGAGAGACCAGCGUUUGGUUCAUCUGAAGAAGAUGAUUCUCGAGUUGAAGAUACAGCUGGAAAUGCCAACAAUUUGUUACAGAUCACUCAACAACCGAUAGCCCCUGUUGUUAACUGGGAGAGAUAUCUCCCAGUUAGAUCGCUUAAGGUUCUCCUGGUGGAGAAUGAUGACUCAACUCGCCACAUUGUUACUGCACUUUUGAAGAAUUGCAGCUACGAAGUUACUGCUGUUCCGGACGUCCUUGAAGCCUGGAGAGUCCUAGAAGACGAGAACAGCUGCAUUGAUCUUGUCUUAACGGAGGUUGUUAUGCCGGUGAACUCUGGAACCGGUCUGUUGUCCAAGAUAAUGAGCCAUAAUACACUUAAGAACAUCCCCAUCAUAAUGAUGUCAUCUCAUGAUUCCAUGGUUCUGGUGUUCAAGUGUUUGUCGAAUGGCGCUGUUGAUUUCCUCGUGAAACCUAUUAGAAAGAACGAGUUGAAGAAUCUUUGGCAACAUGUCUGGAGAAGAUGCCACAGCUCUAGCGGCAGUGGGAGUGAGAGUGGGAUACAUAACAAGAAGUCAGUGAAAACUGAAAGCACUGAUGAUGAAGGGUCAGAAGACGAUGCCAGCAUGAGCGAUGAAGAUCACGGGAAUGAUGAUGAUGGGAGUAACGGAGAGGGUGGGAGUGAUAACGGAAGUGGAACUCAGAGCUCUUGGACCAAAAGAGCCAGUGAUAUGAACGUGGGAACCUAUGGCAAUGAACGGGAAGGUGUUAAUAAACUGAAAGAGGUUGACGAUGAGAAUGGACAAAUAGGCAACGGAUCACAGGCAGGACAGUGUAUGAGUAAGAAAGCUGUUCAAGCUUUGGAGAGAAACAAUGGUGACUUGUUGAAUCGCUCUUCUGGUAACUCACAAGUAGAAACCAAAACACCUUCAUCUAACCCUGAAGAUUUGCAAUCACUGGAGCUAACUUUGACAAAACCAAAAGAGGCUGGAGAUCAGAGAGCCGGUGGUGAUCGAAGCGUUCUGAGGCAUUCUAAUCACUCUGCCUUCUCAAAAUACAACAACGGUGCUACUUCUGCUAACAAGGUAUAUUAUCUACGUCUCUUAGUGUUGUCUUUGAAAUUUAUGCCGGUUUCAUCAAAAGCUUUGAACUUUGCUGAGCAGGCUCCAGAAGAAAAUGUGGGAAGCUGUUCUCCUCAAGACAGUCCCGUUGCCAAAAUAAUUGGUUCCAGUUCAAGCAGUGACAAUCCUUCGAAUCAGCAGUCUAGUGGAAGCGACCGAUCCGCACAAAGAGAGGCGGCUUUGAUAAAGUUUCGUCUUAAGCGUAAAGAGCGAUGUUUUGAGAAGAAGGUAAGGUACCAUAGCAGGAAGAAACUAGCUGAGCAACGGCCUCGCAUCAAAGGUCAAUUCAUUCGCAAGAUGGAUGCUUCUAAAUCAGGAAAUGAGUGUCAGAGUAGUGAAGACAAUUGAAGCAAAAUUGGUAAAGAAGACUGAAGAGAGAUUCACUUCGAAGAUUUGAAGAACAAAGUGGAAUGUAUCUGUGACAGAGUCUUUGAUGGCCUUUUGGAUUCUAUGAUUUAUGUUUAUAAAAAUUCAUCUUUUUUAAUAAGAGUGUCUAUACACUAAAGGUCAUUUCCACGAGAACAGUAAAUUAAAAGGCAUUUUCAUA